AUGGGGGCCUUAAAGGGAUCCACCGGUGAGCCUAGGGUUAGCCCCGGCAGGAAAAACAGUCGCAAACGGACGUCACCAAGGGAUGCAAAGAGAGACGGCAGAAAGAAAGCCAAGGCUAACGGUGAAACUGCAGACACUACGGAGGUAAAUAAUUUAGGGAUAAGUUGGUUUGCUCCUUUAUCCGAGUUGGGCAAGAACUCUAUAAGCUCUAUCAAAAAGCUCAGAGAAACCCGUAGACUCAACUAUUUAAUCACUACUGAUGAGUUCCAUCUAACUCGCAAGAGUCAGCGGGAUUUAGGUCAAGAGUCUUCCGAAGAUGUUGAGAAUGAGUUACCUGGCUUGGUUUGUAGUGAUAUUUGUAAUGGCAAAGAAAAUAUAUGCAUCCCUGUUACUAAUGAAGUUGACGUCCCUCCUGUAGCUCCGGAAGAGUUUGAAUAUCUUAGCUCCAUUAGGGUUGCAAAAAAUCUAGUUAUUCCGGCGAGCGCCGACGGAUGUAAUUGUAAAGGAAAGUGCAAUGCGAGGACUUGUUCGUGUGCUAUUCUCAAUGGAUAUGAUUUUCCUUAUGUUGCCAAAACUGGUGGCGGCAGGUUGUUUGAACCCAAGGCUGUUGUUUUCGAGUGUGGUCCGAACUGCGGCUGCGGCCCCAAGUGCUUGAACCGCACAUCUCAGCAAGGAUUGAAGUAUAAGCUAGAAGUAUAUAAGACACCUGAUAAAGGCUGGGCCGUUAGGUCCUGGGAUCUUAUUCCGUCCGGGGGUUAUGUGUGCGAGUAUACUGGUGUUCUAACGAAGACCAGUGACCUAGACAAUGUCUCUGUGAAUGAUUACUUUUUUGAAAUCGAUUGUGAGCAUACAAUGAAGGGGAUUGGAGUUAGGGAGAAGCGUCUGGGUGAAGUGCACACUGUAAAUGGCCAUGGUGCUGGCGAGAAUGGAGGUAACAAGUCAUUAGACGAAAGUGACCCCGAGUAUUGUAUAGAUGCCGGAUCCAGUGGAAAUUUUGCGAGGUUCAUCAAUCAUAGUUGCGAGCCAAAUCUUUUUGUGCAAUGUGUAUUGAGUUCUCACCAUGAUGUUAAACUAGCUAGGAUUGUGUUGUUUGCUGCAGAUGACAUAUCUCCGAUGCAAGAGCUGACAUAUGACUAUGGUUAUGAGCUUGGUAGUGUGGUUGGUGCUGAUGGAAGAGUCAAGGAGUUAGCUUGCUAUUGUGGUACAGCAGACUGUCGAAAGCGUUUGUACCAGCUUUUGUGCCAUGUUCGAUUACUAUUGGUAUUGGAUGCUCCAACUUGCUACCAUUAAGUAGGAGAAGAUGUUCUCAAACAUCUGAAGUAGUCUAGAUACUCAACGACAAGGCAUUAUAGGAGAAUUUAAGAGUGUACAAGAAGAAUGCACAAUUUGGAGUUAGUUCAACUGCUAACCUCUAUAUAUAUCUAUUUUUCUCUUGGUAUGUCCA